AUGAAUCCAAACAUCCCUUAAUUUAAAGGAAGUUAUGUAAAUAUGAAGCCUUCAAAUCCUCUUGAAGAAUUCUCGAAAGAAACUGAGUAGAACACCAGUUCAAUUUAGAAAUUAUAAAAAAGACUAAAUGAACAGUAAUAGUAGGUAGAGGCAUUGAUGAAAGUCGUUUCAAACUUAUCAUAGCAAUAAUAUCUAUCACAAGAGGACAUAUACAAAUACCCCAUUGAAAGUGAAAGACUUAAUAGUUAAUUGCUUGAUGAAAUAAAGCAUCUCAAAAAACAACUCAAAUAAAUUGAAAGUGGCCCAAAACUUCCUUAAGCUCCUUUCCUUCCUCCAUUCUUCCCUCAAUAAUAACCCUCCUUAGGUUAUCAUCAAUCAUAUAAUUCGAUACCAGUCGCUUCACCAAUACUCAAUCAAAAUCCUUAUUAUCAGUAUUAUCCAUUCCAGAAUACACCUUUCCACCAACCAAAAAAGGAAGAGAGAAGCAUUAGUAAAUUAUUGAAAGAUUAUGCUCAAAAAAAAAAGGGAGAAGGAAAAUUAAAUUAGAUACUGUCGCAUUUGCUACAAAACUAAAAGAGUGAUCCAAAUUUUGAACAUUAAUAAAAUAGCAAAUCCAGAAGGCAUAUAAAGGUUAAGCAUAUGUAGAAAAAGGAAGUUUCUGAGUUAGAUUUCAGCAAGAGUUCCAGAUUUGACUUGGAAUAGCCUGAGCCAGUAAAAAUAAAGUCAAAUAAAAAGCAAGUCAUCAAAAUUUAAGAUUAACAUUCGCCAUCAUAAAAUUAAAAUUAAAAAAUUAAACUAUAACCUUUAAAAGUUAAACCAACUCAAGAAAGAUUAAAAAAAUUAAGGAAAAAGCUUAAAUAUUGUGCUUGGAUGGUGAUAUUUUAUAAAAAUAAAUAUUAUCAAAUAUUAGAGAAAAAGGCAAUCAAAAGAUUUAAUGAUGAGAUUAGCAAAUAUGCAGAUUAGUUUGUAAAUAAUUUUAUUAUCUAUUAGCUAUAUAGCAACACCAUUUUAUCAUUUGUUAGAGAAAGUCAAAAGACUUCCUUAUUAAAAAAGUCCUGGGUUUUCACUGAAAAUAAAGAUGUUCCUUCUCGAAUAGCCAAUUUAAUUUAAGCUGCGGAUAUUUUCAUUAAACAAUUACUUAUUGGAACAUAGACUACCAAGUUUGACGAAUAACAUUUAUCAUUCAUUCGAGCUUUUACUACGAAUGAAGGGUAUUUAUUUCCAGGUCAUUCAGCUUUUGUGGCACAAAGAUUAAAAUUAAAUUAUAAUAGAAAAUUAAAGUAAUACAUAACUUAAGUAAUUUUAGAUUCACUUCUCCUGAUCAAUAAAAAAUGGCUUUUUUAGAAUAUGCUUAUAUCUACUUACUUUUACACUAAUAAGUGUUUUCAAUGAAAGGUUGGCAAGAAUUACUUAAGCCGUUUGCAGAGCCAUUGAAGAUUUUAGUUUCUCUCCUGCAAUAUCUAUUUAUAGACAAAUUCAAAAAUUUGUAGAUCAUUUCAAAAGAUAUAAAAUUUAAUGUAAAUAAUUUCGUAUUAAUAAAAUCAGACUGAAAAAGUUCCAAUUUUGGAUUUCACUAAAAGUAAGGUAGAGGAUUUCAAAUUUGUCAUAAAUAAUAAGGAUCCUAGAUAUUAGAUUACCGACAAAAUUCCAAUACUUGGAUUAUAUGAUGAGACAGUGUUGAAACCUGUGAUCGAUCAUCCUGGAUUUGCAACUCUUUAAAAUCAAUUUAAGGCCUAUGUUGAUUAUAUUUACUCUAAAGUAGGUUGA